AUGCCCGGGACGUUCCCGGACGAGCGACUGACCGCGGGUCUGUCCGUGGAGGCGCUCGCGCAGAGCGAGCGGCUCUCGCGCGUGGAGAGGGAGGAGAUUCGAUUCGAGACGGGGCGGCGCGCGCCGAAGCGCGCGCCGCGGUUGCGACGGAGGAACACUCUGUGGGCGCGUCUGCGGUUGUGGCGCGGGCUCUUCGUACGCGUGGCGUCUCGGGUGAAGAUCGAGCCCGACGGCGCGGGCGGGAACGACGUGUCGUUCGGCGCGCCUCGCGUGGAGUUCCACGUGGAGUACGACCCGAAGUUGGAGGACAAGCGAGCGGACGCGCGGUGGGACUUCACGCGGCCGCGCAGCGCGCCGGUGUACGUCGGACGACCGAUCGCGUUUCCAGGGCUGGGGGGCUUGGGCGGCGCGUUGAAGGGACUGCGGAACGGCGUCGUCGGUCUCGGUCUCGGCGGCGGAUCGGGAUCGGGAUCGGGAUCGGGAUCGGUGGCGACGAACCUCGACGUCACCAGAAAAGUAACCGACGCCUGCGGGACGUUACAAGUGGGCGACGACCCGUACGAGGACGAGGACGCGGCGUACGUCGAGAACGUCGUGCGGCGGAUGCCGACGAACGCGACGCUGGAGGCGGCGCGGAAAAAAGAAGAACGCGAGAAAAAAAAAGAGGAGGACAGGGCGAGGAGGGAGCGCGAUAAGAGGGAUAAGCGGCAGCGGGAGGAGGACGCGCGCGCGGAGAAGAAGCGCCAGGACGCCGCGAAGAGGGAGAAUGCGCGUCUGGAGCGCGAGGAGCGGCUCGAGCUGCAGAAGGAGAAGGUGGCGGAACAGAAGAAGUUGAUGGAGGCGCGAAGGAAGGACGCCGCGGAGGCGAAAGCGGCGGAGGCCGAGGCGGCGCUGCGAGCCGCGGAGAAGGGAAGCGCCGCGGCCGCGUCUUCUACGUCGACGACGGCGGAGGACGCGACGACCGCGACGACGGAGUGGAAGAACGCGCGAAGCGACGCCGCGGCAAUCGCCGUCGCCGCCGCCGCCGCCGCCGAGGCGCGCAGACGCGCCAACAAAGAAGCCGAAGCCGCGCGCAAGCGGGAAGAAGCCGAGGCUGCGCGCGCGGAGCGCAAGCGGCUCGAAGACGAGGCGCGAUUAAACCGCGAGGAAACGCGCGUCGCGGAGGCGAACGCGAGGAAGCGGGCGGAGGAGGAGGCGCGGCUGAGCCGGGAAGCGGCGAAGAAAGCGGCGGAAGACGCGCGCCGCGCCGCCGAGGAGGACGCCGCCGCCGCGCGCGAGGCGAAGCGGCGAAUCGAGCGCGAGGCUGCGGAGGCGGCGGCGCGCUCGAAGAAGCUCCGCGAGGACGCCGAGCGCGAUACGAAGCGCGCGGAGGCGGACAGGAAGGAGACGGAGCGGCUCGCGGGGGAGAAGCGGCGCAUCGAAGAGGAGACGCGAAGGACUCUCAUGCGACGCGAGGAAAAAGAGCGGAAGCGGAGAGAGCGAGAGGAGGACCGGAAUCGUCGCGACGCGGAGAUGGCGCGGAGGAAAGCCGAGCGCGACGCGGAGGAGGACGAGAAGCGCGCGAAGAAGGCGGCGAUGGAGACGCGGCGGCGGAUCGAGCGGAACGAAGCGCGCGAGAAGCGCUGGGCGGAGGAGGCGCGACGGAAGGAGCUCAAGAAGGAGGAGGAGAGACGCCAGCUGGAAGGUGCGUUCUAUACACUGGUCCCCAUACGACCGCGUUGGCGUGGUGAACGCCGAUCCUUAAGGACUUUGCCCGGCGUCUCUCUCCUCCCAGCCCCCGCUUUCAAUCCCCGCCUUCGGCGCCUUUCAACUUCAACUGACGCCUUUCAACUCCACCCCGACGUUCGCUCGUAUGGAACGGCCCUGAAGAGCGGGAACGCGAAGACGCGCGGAAGAAGACCGACGCGGAGCGCGAGGCGCGCCGCAAGGUGGAGAUCGAAGAGGAAGCGAAGCGCGAAGUCGAGCUCGCCAAUCGCGCUCGCGUAGAAAGAGAGCGAGAGGCGCAGGAGAUGUGGACGCUGCGGCGCGAGCGCGACGAGCGCUUGGAACGCCGCCGCGACGAAGAGCGCUCGGCGGAGCGCGCGUGGGGCGGCGGCGAGACCGCUAGUAAGAGCCCGCGCACGUU